GUUGUAAAGCGCUCGGCGUACAUGAAUGCGUGUCAUUUUCCCCCGUCCGGAUUGUUUGGUGUUUUUGUUAGCCGAAAAUGGACAAACUAAAUGAGAAUGCCCGGGAGCGGAAGCAAAUUAAGCUGGGCGAGAUCGACACGGGUCCCAUAUUGGUGGCCCUAUUGCUGGGCUUCAUUGCAGUGGCCAUCUUUGUGAUCCUGCGAAGACGCUCAACCGGCCGCAAGGACUUCCUGCUCACCGGCCUCAGUGAAUCCGGCAAGAGUGCCAUCUUCAUGCAGCUGCUCCAUGGCAAGUUCCCGGUCACUUUUACAUCAAUCAAGGAGAAUGUGGGUGACUACCAGGUGGGCAACUCAUCCGUCAGGCUGGUGGACAUUCCCGGACACUACAGGGUGCGCGACAAGUGCUUGGAGCUAUACAAACAUCGUGCCAAGGGCAUAGUCUUUGUGGUGGACUCGGUUACGGCUCAAAAAGACAUCCGUGAUGUGGCUGAUUUCCUCUACACUAUUCUAUCAGACAGUGCCACCCAGCCCUGCUCCGUGUUGGUCCUUUGCAACAAACAGGAUCUAACCACCGCCAAGAGCGCCCAAGUCAUCAAAACCCUGCUGGAAAAGGAACUUCACACAGUGCGCGAUACCAGGAGCCGUAAACUGCAAUCCGUGGGCGACGACGAUGCCAACAAACCCAUCACAUUGGGCAAGCUUGGUCGCGAUUUCGAAUUCUCACACAUCGCACAGAAUAUCCAGUUUGUGGAGGCCUCCGCCAAGGAUCAUGAACUGAAUCCCCUCACCGAUUGGCUGGCUCGACUGCUGUGAAGAGGGUACAAAGUCCUCAGACUGGGAAAACAUUGAAAUGCUAAAUGAACGAAUGCGGAACACAAGACAACAUAUUGAUAUUUAUUUUACCGCUUAAAAACCUCCAUAUCGUAUAUAUGCCAUGCCUAUAUAUCGCUGUUAGAGUAUAAAUCCGUGCAUUGUUAUAUACCCUUUAACCAUUUGCUUCCUUCCAUUGUUCCCGCUUAAUUUUAGCUUAUGGAAAUUUUUAUACUUUUUAGCGUUAAUUUGUCGGUAGGUAUUUGAAUAAGAAUCAUGUAUCGAACGAUUUAUAAAAAACAUCGGAGCAAGAAGUGUGCAUUUAUAAUCCCUGAUACUGAUUUUACAGGCUCAGUGAAGGCUUAAAAAAUAAAAAAUACGGGUUAUCAAGAAAA